GUCACUUAUCGGUGAAGGUAAAUGAGAGUGUGUGCUACGGAUGGAUCAGCUGAGCGCCAGCUGUGUCAGACGGCUCGACCAAUCAGAAAGGCCCAUCCUCGAAGUGCCACUAGCGGCACCUAUAAGCACGCCUGCCCGGCGCCUAUUACUUUUGUGGCGUUCUCACAAGACACUGUUUCGUACCUGUUUCUUGACUUCAUUUUAAAUAUAUAUUAUUUUAUUAUUUAUCUUUUUUACACGACUAUCUGAAGUUCCUUAUUGUAACGCAUUUAACUUGAGUGAAUUUAAAGUUAUUCCAUUGUUCGUUCGAAAAUACAGUGCGAUUAGAUCAAGGCGGGAAGCUGCGUUUGCCAAUGGACGCGGAAGAGUCUCGAUGCAUGUGCGUUCGUGUUUCGAAAACGUUUUAACGCUAUUAUUUCAUAUACAAGUGAAAAGAAAAUAUCAAUAAGGAAACUAAUGUACUUGAUCUAUUCGAGAAAAAAUUCGUCGAGUGCCCUUGUGCUUAAUUAUUGGAAAAAUCGAAUGUAAUCCGGAAGACUCGUGGACCGAAGGAAGAGCUCAGAGGGACCUUUGUUUGAUCAAGGAAAUCCUUGUUUCCUGUGAAUGACAUUGGUGUUUGUCCAUUGGUAGGGGUCAAGGGAAGUCCUCUCGAAAGUAUUUAUCGAAAUUGAAAAAUUUUCCCCUUUUGAGGUUAUGGUAUUCAUAUAGAGGGCGUCACAGCGCCAGAUUGCAAGCAGGGGUUGGUCAUCGUUUCGCGCGCUGGUCUCCCGCGCUUCGAGAUCCACGUCCUCCGAUUUUUCCAUGAAAAUUUUAUUCCAAAUUCAUUUACACUCAAACGUUACAUAUCUAUGGACUAGAGAAGAUUUUCUUACAAUUAAAUAUUACGAGUGACUUUAAGUUUAAUAGGUAAAUAUCGGAUUCGUAUCGGGGAAGACGACGUGCAUUAUGGCGAUCGAGUGUGCCUGAACUUCGCGCGCUACCAUCAUUUUCGGUAUUUUAUCGACAAUAUUGUUCGAUUAAAUUUCACUUUAUUAUCUUCAAUAUUUAGAACGAUAUCGGUCGAUUCGUAUAAUAAAUACAAAUAAUAAAUAACUCUUGGAAAUAUAUCGAACUUAGCCAAGGUAUCUCGGCAAGAUGCAACAGACCAGCUUACAAGAGAAGAAACCUUCACAAACCUAUUUGCAAUGCGGUAGAGAGAGGCAAUCAAUGAAGCGCAAAAGGCGUACAGCUGAACUUUCUGAAGAUUCAGAAAAUAUAUAUCCCCCUAGCAAAGUACCAGCAUUAUCUCACGUGCCAUACAAUGAGUCUUGUAAUGGUGCACUCUCCGUAGAGAAUCCAUGCACGCCUCUUCAAGCAUCUCCAACGCCUUUAAAGGAACAGCAGGAGCCAGCAACUUGGUCCGAAUUAAGAAAUGCCACUUGUUUCUUAACACCUUCCGGCUCUAGCAAUGGAACAAAUAGGUCAGCUCCGCUUCCAUCUUUUGCUUGGGCAGAUAGUACGCAUGUAUGGAGCCUUAUGUGUUUGGGAGAUCAAAAGACUCUUAGUCAAAGAGAUUCACAAAUGUUUCAAAGGCAUCCGACAUUACAACCACGAAUGCGAGCUAUUUUGUUGGAUUGGCUUAUUGAAGUAUGCGAAGUGUACAAACUACACAGAGAAACUUACUACCUUGCUAUGGACUAUAUAGACAGGUAUCUGUCUAUUCAUCAAAACAUACCAAAAAGUCAAUUACAACUUAUAGGUAUUACAUGUCUGUUCAUAGCAGCUAAGGUCGAAGAAAUUUAUCCACCUAAAAUAGCUGAGUUUGCAUAUGUCACUGAUGGAGCUUGUACCGAGGAAGAAAUUUUAGGAAAGGAGUUAAUCAUUUUGAAGGGACUCGGAUGGAAUCUAUCAUCCAUGACUGCUCCUGCAUGGUUAAAUAUUUACAUGCAAAUAGAAUGCGGUGAUUGGUCUAAGCCCAACGUGUUUAUAUAUCCACAAUAUGGCGGAUUACAGUAUACACAAGCUGCUCAGCUUUUGGAUUUAGCUACUUUGGAUGAAGGAAGUUUAAAAUUUCCUUACAGCCACAUAGCUGCAGGAUGCAUUUACCAUAUACAAGGACGAGAAUGUGCUUUAAAUGUGUCGCGUCUUUCUUGGGAACAGUUGGCCCCUUGCGUCAAAUGGAUGGCCCCAUUUGCUACAACAGUAUUGGAAGAUGGUCCCCAAUUUUUGUUAAGGUCCACUGUAUCUCCUAUAGAAUCUAACUCUGGAUCUGGACUUAAAGCAACAGUACCUAACAUAGUGAUAGACGAAUCGCAUCGCAUCCAAACUCAUGUUGUAGAUCUGAACAUGUUAGAGAAAGCGCAACAACGAUUGAUAGAAGAUCUUCUACCAAUUGACUUAGAAGAAAUAGAAAGUAAAACUGAAUCCGAUUUAAAUAGUAGUCCAACUGAAAAUUGUCUUUUGACUCCUCCUUCUAGUGGUCAAAAAAAUGAUCCAUCGACUCCAAGUCAUCCACCACAGUUACGCCCGUACACAUAAUAAUUAUUUGCUAACUAUUACUCAUCUCUUUGCGAAUAAUUUUUUUUAAAUUUUAGGGUUAUUAUUUUGAAAGAGAAAGAAAGAGAUUUAUUGUUGAAAAGAAAAAAAAGAAUUACGCGAAAUGGAGGAGAGAGAGAGAGAAUGAAAAGAAAAAAAAACACUAACAGCGCUCACGCGAUCAAAUCUUAUGCUCGUGCGAAUAUUAGUUGUUACAUUUUAUUUCGUAAAUAAUAUGCAUAAUAUUAAUUCCUUUAUGUACAUUGAUCGAUCGAUCAUAUCUUGAACAAUCGUUUAGUAUGGGGUGGUGAUUGUUAUAGAAAAUAACUCUGUAAAAGGCAUUAUUAUAAGAAAAUACCCAUUCUGAGCACAAAUUUAAUGUAAUAUAUAUUUUAGUAUAAAUAUAUAAACAUUUACAUUUAAAAAAAAAAAAAAACAAAAAAAAUAAGUGCCUUGUUUUAAAGCAACUUGAACUUAAAUAGGAGCCAUAUAUUAAAUGGUAACUAAUCUCUGUGAUUAUAUCCAUACAGUAAAGUUUCACGCAACAUAUACUUUAA